AUGUCUGAGCAAGCAGAACUUGCGUUUGUGAAGUCUUUCGCGAAUAAUUUAAUCUCACAACCCAUCGUCUACGCGGACGACUUCCAACAACCACCUCAGAGUUCCUUGAAGAAGAUCCCAGUGCUUCCCAUUGAUCUGCCACCUCCUCCCGAGAGGAAAGUCGAGGAGUCGACGGCGUCAGCUUCCAUCAGCAUUACCUUCAAGUGCAUCAAGCCGCCACAAUCCUACACGCUGUCUGUACAGCCGACAGAUACCAUAUCUGACAUCAAGGCCCAACUUGCCGCGCAGGGCGGUGCUCCCCCAGCCGACGCACAGCGUCUCUUGCUGAAGGGGAAGGCAUUGGCGGAUGGAAAGCUGCUGAAGGAGUACAGCGUGAAGGAUGGAGACACCGUCAAUUUGAUGGUGAAGCCCGGCUUUGACUGGGACCCUGUCAGGGUCGCGUCUCCCCUUCCAGAGAGGGCCGCGCCCGCGGACGGAGAAACCAUCAUACUGCUGCCUGCGCUGGAACCGAGCAAGUCGAGAAUGGGACACGGGCGAAUACCCUCUGUCGUGCUUUCCCCUUCUCCGUCACUCACACCGUCUCCCGGAGAUCGAACCGUCGAUAUACCCCUUGUCCUGGAUACCUCCAACAUCCCUAUUUCCCCCGCGUCAGGACCCUCCAACGCGUCAUAUCACGCGGUGAUCUCUCAGCCCGUCUUCUGGGAUAAUUUGUGGCAUUUCUUGAGCACCGAGCUUAACGAUGCAAACCACGCGGAAACUGCUUGGGAAGACUUCUUCCGUGCGAGCAAGGGCGCUCUUUCGGCCAGCGAAAUCGCGAAGAUCCGCGACUCUGUCGGCGUUACUGGGAUGGCAGGUACCUGA